UUUAGUCUUCAUGACAGCAGCAGCUUAGAGGCAAUGUCCAUUUGCCAACACAGCUGGCUGGAGUAGCUGCCCUCCAUUAUGGACAUUUUCUCUUGAUAGACUCCUGUUAAAACAACAAGAAUGGCAGUUUUACAGGCUUACGAAAUCCUGUGGGGUACAGCCAUAGUUUGUGUGAUUUUACCUCACUUAAAUCUGGGAUUGUUGUCUGACUUUAAGAUCUGUGGAGAUUCUGAGUGUGAAAGCCUAAUGAGCAGAGUGCAGGCCAUCAAGGACCACCGUGGUAAGGACUGCCGUUUCCUGAGCUUCAGACAAGGAGACACCAUUUUUGUUUACCACAAACUGACCGGAAAGAGGGAGGACCUCUGGGCAGGCAGUAUUGACAAACAGUUUGGCUAUUUCCCAAAGGAUGCUGUGCAAGAGGAGCAGAUUUACGCAACUAUGGAGAAAAUAGUGGAAACACAGAAAUCUGAUUUCUUCUGUAUGGAUGAGUUUGGUUAUCCCAUUGACUCCAGUCACCUGGACAGUGACGAUGAUAAUGGUGAUCAGAAAAUCCAAAACAAGGAGUCACAAACCACCCCACACACCGAUGACACAAAUGCUGAAAGUACUUCAACAUCUGCAGGUGUCUCUACAGAAUCUCCAGUCCCAGCACAGGAGGCUGAAGGCACAUCGACAGACCCGGACAGAAACAAAAACAGCGGUGAUGCUGCUGCAGGGACUCAGGAGGAAGCACGGGAGGCUCCUGCGUCUCAGAACAAACAAGCCGGGGCCAGCUGUGUUGGUGAAUCCUGCUCAAUUCCCAGCAGAGAUGAGAAAGAGUCAAGUAAGAAUGGAGAUUCCUCUUCAAGCCUGGAUAAUAACUCUCCAAGAGAUGAAUGGAUGGGGGUGGAGAAAGAGACCGAUGGACAGAUGAGUGGAGACAUGGGAAAAGGGAGGGUAACUGAGGAGGAGAAAAGAGAAGAGAAGAAAAUUAGAAGUGAAGGAGACGGAGUGUUGCGUCCUCAUAUUCAGCCAGGAUCAUCAAAGCCAAUCGAAGGGGUAAUGAAGCAAAUUCUGGACUUUGUUCAGCAGAUCGCUGAAGACUCAACCACUCAUGUUCAUGCAGCGAAGAAGCUCCUCAUAUGGCUAACUGUACAGGUUGUAUCGUCCCUGCCUGAUGACAUCCGACCCGGGCCGGAUCUGUACGGGGUACCAUGGGAACCAGUUAUCCUCUCCAGUCUGGUGGGGCUGGUGACAAUGCUGCUGUUCACCUGUAGAUGUUAUAGCUCUGUCAAAAGCAGAAUGUAUCAAAGCAAAGAGCGGUGGAUGGCUGAGCAGGUUGCACAGCUGCUGGAUGAGAAGUGUAAAGUCCUUGAGACUCUCAGCAAAUGUCAACAAGAGUAUGAUGAACUGGAGAGCUCACUGAAGGACAGUGGUGUUUUGGCCCAAACUCAAAAGACAGAACAUCUGGAGGGCAGAGCCAUACAGUUGGAACAUGCUAAAGGGGAGCUGGAUCAGGAUCUUGAACAACUGAAGGAUCAACUGUAUCAGCAGAGGGAACAUAGGAUAGCUCAGGAAAAGAGGAUAGCAGUGCUUGAAGAGAGCAUGAAAACAUUUGAGGAAGAAACCCAAGACCUCCAGUCACAGCAUGAGCAGGCACAAACCACUCUGAAAGUAUACAAUAUGAACAGUGACAGACUGCAGAAGAAUCUGGAAACAGCCGGAGAGGAGAACACACUGCUACAGGAGAGCAACGCUCAGUUGAGGCAGCAGGUGGAGGGAUGGGCAGAAAGAGUGAGUGAGUUGGAGGAGGAGAUGAGCAGGUGUGAGGUCGCCCACAGCGCGAUGCUUCAGGAUGUGGCCAACAAGGAUGAGCGUAUAAUGUCCUUGACAGAUCGGCUGCUGGGGAUGAAGGCUUGGGAUUCGGACCUGGAGGAAGAGGAAGGUGAGGAAGGAGGAGAGAAGGAGACGUCCAAUGGGAGAGCAGAGGAGAAUGGAAAAGGAGACAGAAUGGACACACAAGGUCAUCUUCAGAAAGUCCAGAAACUUAUCUAUGCUGCUAAGCUGAAUGCAGAUCUGAAAUCAGUAGAUGAAGACAAGGACAGAGUAUUUGCCAAACUAAGUGAUGAAGUCAGAGCUAAAGAAGACCUGCAAAUGAGCAUUAGGGAGCUGGAGAAUGAGAAAUUAUCACUGCACUCAGAGGCUGAGCACUACUCAGAUCAGGUCCAAAAAUUACAACAGAAACUCCAAAUUAUGACGGAAAUGUACCAAGAGAAUGAGCUCAAGCUACACAGGUUGCUGACAGUAGAGGAGAAGGAGCGGCUUCAGAAAGAAGAGAAGUUAAAUAAAGCAGACAGAAACAUUGCGCUGGCCAUGGAAGAACUCAACAACUAUAGGAAACGGGCAGAAGAGAUGGAGGAAGAGCUGGAGAAAACCAAACAGUCUUAUCAGACGCAAAUAUCAGCACAUGAGAAGAAGGCUCACAAUAACUGGUUGGCAGCCCGAGCAGCAGAAAGAGAUCUAGCAGACAUCAGGAGAGAAAACGCCCUCUUCAGACAAAAGCUGACAGACACACAGUUUAAACUAGAUGCCCUCGACAAAGAUCCCUACGCCUUGGACACCCUGGCUAGACCGCUGCCUUUCAGAGCUGAGAGGUCACCGUACGGACCGUCUCCUCUGGGUCGACCUGCAUCGGAAACCAGAGCUUUUCUGUCUCCUCCUACGUUGAUGGAUGGACCUGCUAGACUGUCUCCUAGAAUGCCUCGUGGUCCAGUGGAGCCCCUGGGUGGCCAUGGAGAGAUGGAGCGGAGUGGAGGUCCUCAUUCAGACAGUGGCUCAAACUCUCCUACAUGGGAGAGAGAUCGCAGGGGACCCCCACCAGGACCUCCAGGCUACAUGUUCACAGAACCAGGAGGUCCAAUGUAUAGGAGACCUCCACCUCCUCCAGGAGCUCUAGGCCCAUUGCCUCCUCCUGGCUCCUUCCCGCCCGGCCCUCUCCAUCCUAGGGGUCUCCCCCUGGGACCCCCACACCCUGCAGACAUGGCAGAUAUCUCACACAGAGAAAACAGCCUUGGGCCUGGUGAACAGGAACGCAGAGAGUCUGGUCCUGGAGAUCGAAGGACUCCCCCUGAGGCUGAUCCAAGGAUGGGGGGCGCACCCCCAAUGGGCCCGAUGGGCCCCAUGGAUGGUCCCUUUCCUCGUAGAGCCCCCUAUGGUCCACCACCUCCUGAUUUCUAUCCUCCCAGGGGACCCGGGGGCCCUCCCAUGAUGCCUAUGUGGGCCCCUCCGCCUCCAGGGAUGAUGUUCCCUCCUCGUUUCCCUCCCGGUGGACCUCCUCUUGCUCCUACUUCUCAUUCCCACCACCCUCCCCCCAUGCGGCCCCCUCUGCCCGACGGCCUCCCACCUGCAUCCAUGGGUCCUCUUCCUCCCCAGCAGUCCCUCCCCUCCCCACCACACAGCCAGUCGCCAGACGAGCGCACAAUCUCGCCUGAAGACGCCAUUUGAGCCUGAGGUUUUGUACGUGAGCUGCAGCAUGACGUGUUUCUGGUUAAAAUAUAGCAUGGUGGUAGAUCGAUGGUUGGGCAGGUCUUCCUUACUUAUAUUUUCUUCUGCUUAAUAACUAGAUGAUGAAUUUAAUGAAGAGUCCCACUUUGUUGCUGUCUGUCUGCUUCUCCUCUGUCUGUCUUUCUCUUCUAUUCACAUCCUCUCUUUUUACUCCCUCCUCUGCCCUGUUACUCCAGUCUGCCUAUCCAGCUACAUUCCCUGUGAAGUAGUUCCUGUUGUUUCAGAGUCACAGUGACAGUGGUUAGACUCUGUUGUGUAAUAACAGGACAGCUUAAUCUGUACAUCUGGGUGUGUGAAUGUUGCCACCUGAACCAGAAACAGUUGCUUGUUUGCUUGACAAGGUUUUUAAUGAUACUAGGAUUGAAAUGUGCACAUGUACAAAUGCUCUUUGUGUGGUAUGUGGCAAGUGUCGAGUGUUUUACAUAUGGCAUCAGUCAGCAUUUCAUCCCAGUGGCACAGAAAGAGAAAUCAAAUGAUGACAGGCUAUUAGGGAAGAAACGCAUCUUUUUUUAGGCAUAAUAUAAUAUAUUUUGUUACACCUGCACUCAUGCCAUUGUCUCCAUAAUUUAUGAAAGCGUGUCCUAUGACACCUGCGUUGAACUGGAUUUUACACUUAAAUCAGGUCUGGUUUUGUCUAUGACUGAGUUGAACUUAAACUAAAUAUUCCUCAGAGGUCAAAUGAGAGAAGAUUCAUCAACAAAGCUACUAUAUCAAAGAGCAGCAAGCAAACAAUGCUUUUAAUCAUGUUUCAGUGACUGGCAUAUGGCCUAAGCUUGAAAAUAGUGGCUUUUAGUAGCCGCAUGUAUUUUGUGGAAGUAAGCUGUGACUCGUCCUGGCAGCCACAGAGCAGUGAUUUAAAUGGCUGGAAGAGAGGCUGCCUUCAAAGCCACAAAGAUGACACCCAUGUGAAUUUUGUAAAAAGUGAUUAUUAAUAGAUGAAUAAAGACUGUCAAAUUGU